AUGGCCGCUGUUGCUGAAAACGGUUCCGUACCGGUGAACGACGAGAACACCGCGCCCGGCGUUGCCGCCCCCGAGCAGAAGGAGGAGACCGAGAAGACAAAUGGCGACAACAUCACAGUGUUCCAUGACCCUGAGAACUUCAACGUCAAGCACCCUCUUAUGCACGAGUGGACCCUGUGGUUCACCAAGCCUCCUAGCGGCAAGGGCGAUAACUGGAACGACCUUUUGAAGGAAGUUGUCACAUUCAACUCGGUUGAGGAAUUCUGGGGAAUUUACAACAACAUCACACCGACCUCUGAGUUGGGCCUCAAAGCAGACUAUCACCUUUUCAAGAAAGGUAUCCGGCCUGAGUGGGAAGAUCCACAGAACAAGCACGGCGGCAAGUGGUCGUAUUCGUUCAAAGACAAGCGUUCCGUACCGAUCGAUGAUCUGUGGCUGCACGCCCAACUGGCAGCCAUUGGCGAGACUCUCGAGAAUGACGGCGAUAGCGAGGUUAUGGGAGUUGUUGUGAAUGUGCGUAAGGGUUUCUACCGUGUCGGUUUGUGGACACGGACCGUGGGCAAGAGCAUUCCGGGAGACAAGAACGCCCGUACACCUGCUCAGGGCAAGGACGUUCUCGAGUCCAUCGGCCGCCGGUUCAAGGAAGUCCUGCGUCUGAAUGAGGCGGACGUUGUGGAGUUCUCCGGACACACAGACAGUGCACACAGCGGUAGCACGAGGGCGAAGGCCAAGUACACUGUUUGAAGUGUUGACGACCUCGGGUGCUUCUCAUUUACGAUCUAUCCCAGAUGAAUGCCGCUUCUCUUGUUACGAGACGAUAGAAGAAUCUAUGAUCAUGGCCAAUAACGACGGGCUAUCAUGAAGGAAAGGAUACUGGCUGGGGCCCCGCUCUCGCUUAGGAGUCUACAGUGAUGAUUGAUCGUAGACGUCGACGGCAUGUAUCUGCUCCGUACGUAUGACGAGGUUUAUACCAUCUGCUAUUCGACUACUGUCUUCUUGAUUUUCUUAUGGCUGGACGAGGGGAAACUCUGAUAGGAAAAUAGAAAAAAAGUGUUUCAUACUGCUUCUUCAUGCUCUAUGCCUGUUCUCCUGAUUAUGCGUUUGUGUUCCUUAGUUCGUCUUGAUAUGAGUCUUCUCUAUAGAUACCGUGCAUUAGCAAUGGAAAAUACCUUUUGACUUCAA